UGUCUUGUAGCUUUACAAAAUAAUGCAGAGAUAAGAUUAGAAUGGCUGCAAUGUUUUCAGCUCUUCGAGAUGACGCUAACUUGAGGGAGUUUGUGCUGGAGAAUGUGGAGCACUUUGGAGAGGAGAGAGUUCUAGGAACUGGCUCCUAUGGCUCUGUUCAAGAGGUGAAGAUCAAUGGUGAGGUGUAUGCAGCCAAGAAGAUUCACGAGGUUCUCCUGGAGACGGACGAGCGUGGUGGAGUGGCCAACAUAGCUGGGAACUACCACCGAGAGUGUCGACUCAUGGCUCGCAUCCGUCACCCCAACAUCACCCAGUUCAUUGGGCUGUGUUUCGUGACUGGCUCUCGACUGCCCCUUCUGGUCAUGGAGAGGCUGGACUCAUGUCUGGACGAUCUUCUAGAGUCCACCCCCAACAUCCCCCUUUCUGUCUCCCAGUACAUUCUGGUCUGUGUGGCUCGAGGGCUGCUCCACCUGCAUCGUGAGUCCGUGGUCCAUCGUGAUCUCACUGCCAAGAAUGUCCUGCUGACGGCAUCUCUGAGAGCCAAGAUCACAGACUUUGGUAACUCUCGUAUCGUGAAUCUGGAGCCUGGUCGACUGGCCAGGACUCUGACGAGGUUUCCUGGGACACUGGUGUACAUGCCGCCCGAGGCCCUCUCUGACAGAGGCCACAGUGUGUCCGUACCCAGUCUGGACGUCUUCUCUUUCGGAGUGCUGCAAUUGUUUGCACUCACACAAGUAUGUGUUUAGAUCCUCUGCAGUAUU